GCCAUUUUUGGCAGCAGGUUGCAGGAGCUGACGGUGAAAGAAAAUGGAUAUACGGCGUUUUUUCAAGGAGAAAGUAACAUCCACACCUGAGGAAACAUCUUCACUAGGUGACAGUGCAUGAAAUGGAAGUCGUGGUGUGGCUGUGUUUCACUCUUCUGCUCCGUUCUCUUGGUCAAAGCUAUGGGCAUACCCAGUUCAUUUAUACAGAGGAGAAAGAAUUAAAGUUGAGAUGUGAAACAAAGAAAUGGCAAAUAAGUACAGAGUCUGACAACAAGAUUGACCUGAACUGCACAGUAAAAUGUGACCGCAAUGAAAUUCGUGACCUUGAGUGUGAUGAUGAUGAUGGUGAUGAUGAUGAUGAUGGUGAUGAUGACUCACAGCCAAAGCAUGCUUGCAAACUAAUAGUAAAGAGUGGAUUCUUUGCCUGUGUUAAUUCUCUGGAUGCUGGAUUCCUUUUUCCAUUCAAACCAUCUCCCAACGCCAUCCAUUCGUUCAUAGUUGCUGUUCAAAAUAAAGACAUAACACCCACACCUGAGGAACCAUCUUCACUGCCAGUACCUGAAGGUGAAUCAGUGAGUUUAAACUGUAGUUUCACCUUCACAGAAGAAUAUGAUGGGGUGUCUUUUGUUGUUUACUGGAUUAAGACUGUUGGAGAGAGCAGCACCUGUGUGUAUUCUUAUGAUUAUUCCCUGUAUGAGCCGCUCGCGCUCGGUCACCACUGCACCAUACAGGAAGAUCUGCUUAACAGACUCUCAAACCAAACCAAAGGACAGAACAGUCACAACAUCAGGAUCAGUGAAGUGAUGGAGUCAGACAGCGGUCAGUACCUCUGUGCUGUACAAGUGCACCCAAGUAAUAAAAACACUGCUGAAGGAAACUGGAAGGUGAUAGAAAGAGUUACAGUCAGUGUCCACAAAGACAAGAGACCACAGCCAGCCAGGACCAGCAUGACUCAGACAACCACUGAGGAGACAAGUGGUGUUCACCCUCUCAUGCCUCUGUUUACUUCGUGGCCCAUAUGUUUGGGUCUUCUGCUUUCUGUUUGGAUCGCAUUCGCACUCAUAAGGAAAAAGGCCAGCACUGCACGAGGAUCUCAGGCUGUGCCGUUACAAAGCCUCCAAAGCGGAGAAGCAGCUCCUGAUACUGAUGGUUCUCCGUAUGCUGUGGGACGUGGUGAGGAGGAGAACUAGGAUCCAUGAGGAAUUCUACCAAGAAGAUCCAGACCAUGAAGAAUCCACAACAUCUGUUGAUCUUCAUGCAGCUGCCAGGCUGAAUGAUGGAUCUGGAGCAUCAGAGGACACCAAACAUAUUCAUGAUGAAGAUUAUCUGCUGUUUUUAAAGGGGUGAAUUGUGACAACAGUGUUCAUGUAUAUUAAAUAGUCACACCUUUUGAUGAGAAAUCAUCAAGAAAUGUUCAGGAAUGUUCACUAAUCCGUUUUCUGUAAAGCUGCUUUGUGACAAUUCCGGCUGUAAAAAGCGUUAUAUAAAUAAACUUUGACUUGA